GAAAUUCUACGUAGAAAGAAAGUAAUGAUCCGGCUGAAUUUUACCAAGAAACUGAAAGUAAAAAAUAUUGAAGUCAAUUUGAACAAAUGCAGUGAUUUUUUAUCGCUGGAAUUUAAAUUAAGAAUACAGUGAAAUUCCAAUUAUUUUAUCUUUAUAAGAUAAAAGUGUUACAAAGCAAAUAUCAACUAUAAGGUCGGCUCUCUCAUUUAAAAAUUGCUUUACACGAUAACGAUUUUAAGCCCUUGUUUUUUGGCAAUUGUAAAGUACAAAAGUAGUGUAAACACAAUGCAUUAUAUAUGCAGAUCGAUAAAUACGGCUGAUACACAGCGACCUGGCAAAGGAUGACAUCACACUGCAUGCAUGCUGUAGUAGCGGCCAUUUUCGCGAAAUCAUUUGUACAAUCCCUGUGUCUGAUUGAAAAGAUGCCUGUGUUGUAAUGUCUGUAAUCACCGAGUAGUGUUCAGAACGUCAUUUUUUCAAGCGCUCAUUGUUGUCCGGGUGAGGGAAAUUAUACGGCUAUUUUUACAUAGGAGUCACAGAACAGGAAUUUUAGUACACUCCAUGGAUUUGUUAGUGGUGAUCGCAUGUUUCAUUGAUUUAGAGAACACAGGCCGAUGAUAUUUUACUGGAAUCAGCUCUCCCCGAUCAUUGAAAUCUUGUACGGGGUAUAGAAAAUGAUGAGUGAAUAAAAGCUGACACAUCGGUUCGAAUUUCCUCACUAUGGCGUCGUUCUCACCGGAUUAUUAUUUAAGACAGUAUGGAAGUGACCAAGUGCCUCUAAGUUUAGGUGCUCUUCAACUAGAACCAGCAGACCGAGCAGUUCUAAAAAUCGCAGGUAAUUUGAAUUAAUUAAAAUUGAUUUAUUACAUAUCGUCCUUUGACAUCGACCCUCAUGAAAAAAGAGGAAAAUUGCACGUGCUCAUGGUAAGGCACGCGCAAUUUACCUGGCAAACACAAAUAUGCAUGUAAAAAUCUGUUACUAAGUAUUCCUGUUGCAUUCAUGGCAAUACAUAAUAUUUAAAUUGUCGUCUGUUAAAAAAAUUCAAACGUCCCAAUCCAUUCCGGGCCGGUGUAUUCAAUCCGACUCGGAUGAAAGUUUUACCUUUGGCCUACGUCACACAGGUAAACUUGUAUAUUGGGAGUUUUAAUAGACACGCAUGGUUUAGUGUAUGAGUGACAUGAAUGAAUUAUUCUUUGCCUAGAAAGCAAAAGGAGUUGUUGUGAUGGCUUUGAACCUUACCGACAGUUUAACGUCGAGGGGAUGAGCACCUGCUUUUUGAACUGGUCUGAGUUUUAGUUUCAUGCACCUAUCGUCAUGUGAAAUCGAACCAAUAUAUCGCUACAGAGUUAAUGUACUGUGACUUUAACCCCGUAACGACACUUUCGAUAAAUAAAUCGGGAAUUUAAUGUGUGGACGUUUAAUUACAAUGGGGUAUGUUGUGUAGCUGUUAUGUCAUGGAAUGUAAGGUAAUGCCCAUCGUCUGCUGAAAAUGGACACAGCUAUGUACAGAUUUCGAUCGGAGUCCAGCAGUGAUGAGCCCCCCUCCCCCACUGCCAUGGCUCACUAUGAGCAGAACAGAAGGAAAGAGACAGAUGAAAGAGAUGCAGUCCAGAAGAAGACAUUUACCAAAUGGGUCAACAAGCAUCUCCUGAAGUGGUCUCCCCUUCCUGUUGAUUAUAUGCAGCACUGGAGAUUUUCGCAGGCGGGUAGACGAGUGAUUGACCUGUUUGAUGAUCUUCGAGAUGGACACAACCUGAUCUCGCUGUUAGAGGUCCUAGCCCACGAUACUCUGCCCAGAGAAAAGGGUCGCAUGAAAUUCCACAAAAUACAAAAUGUACAGAUUGCUUUAGAAUAUCUCAGUAAGAAAGGGAUUCGACUGGUGAAUAUUCGCUCGGAUGAAAUAGUGGACGGCAACCCAAAGCUGACCCUGGGAUUAAUCUGGACCAUCAUCCUCCAUUUCCAGAUCUCAGAUGUGGUUGUGUCAGGACAAGAAGAUCUCUCGGCCAAAGAGGCACUGCUUCUUUGGAGCAGACGGACAGUUGAAGGUUACCCAGGGGUCAAGGUCAAAAACUUCUCCAGUAGCUGGCGAGAUGGACGGGCAUUUCUUUCAAUCAUACACAGACACAGACCUGACUUGGUGGACUUUCGGAAGGUACAAGUGAGCACACCAAGACAAAACCUAGAACAGGCCUUCAGCAUUGCAGAGACGGAGUUUGGGGUAACACGACUGUUAGAUCCUGAAGAUGUUGAUGUCCCAGAACCGGAUGAGAAAUCUGUGAUCACUUACAUUUCCUCUCUAUACGAUGUCUUCCCAGAUGUUCCCAGUGUCGAAGAAACUCUUAGGGACAAUGAGCGACAGUUGAAGAUAGACGAAUAUCGAGAUUUAGCUUCCUCCCUCAUCUCAUGGCUGAAACAGACCAUCAUAGCCAUGAAAGAGCAGAAACUCCCCUCAACUCUUAUAGAAAUGAAGACUCUGCAGGCAGAGUGCAAUAAGUUCAAAAUCGAAGAGGUUCCACCCCGACUGGAAAUGAAGAAGAAGCUAUUUCACAUCUAUGAUGAAAUUCAGGGGUUUCAAGGAGGAACGGCGUAUUUGAACAUACCAGAGGAAAUACGACCAGAGAACAUGAACAGAUUCUGGGAGAGGUUCGCUCUUCAACAACAAGAAAGGGACAACUACAUUCAAUCAGAAAUCAUCAGACUUGAAAGACUACAAAGACUAGCGGAGAAGGUCCACAGAGACUGUAAACACUGUGAGGACAGCUUGGAGGAUAUCGGUCCUCGCAUUCGUGAGGAGCAGACCAGGGUUGAGAAGAUCCACCCACUGGAGGCCAAGAGGAACUGUGAUGCCAUAGACCGGGCCCUCCAGAACAUUGAGGAAAUGGCUCGCAGUGUGUUCAGAGACAUCCAGAUGCUGCAGGAGGGGAAAUUUGCCACGUCUGAUCAGCUUUUCAGAAGGGCUUCUUCCAUCCAGUCCAGGGUGUCUGAGCUGAGAACACUGCUGUUUGGUGAAGUUAUCCAGAAACUCAUCAGUAAAUCUUACAUAGAGGAAAGCUCCACUCUUACAAAGAAAAAGGAAAUUGUCACAGAAAUUCGACUGAUUGAGACCAACCCAAUAUUUAAACAUGUGCAAGAAUGCUCCAACUGGAUAGAAAGCAGACAGAAAUCUCUUGAAAAUGCUGAAUAUGGAGGUGACGUUGACACAGUUCAGAGUCUGGCAGAGGAACAUGAGGAAUUUCAUCGGGAAGUGUUGAGCUUCAGGAAGGAAGUGGAUAGGUGCAUCGCAGAUGGGAAAACAUUACCGCCGGAAGAAAGUAAAUUGUUUACCAAAUGGCUGGCAAAGGUGGAAGUGGCAUACUCCUUGCUAACUAACACUUCCACACGGAGACACAAAUGCCUGGAAUCACUACAGGACUUCCUUCAAUCGGCCACUCAGGAACUGAUGUGGCUCAACGAGCGAGAGGAUCUCGAGAUCAGCCGAGACUGGAGCUCACCGGAUGCUGACAUGGAGCAGACAGACUCGGCCUAUAAGGAAUUUUAUGGCUAUGAGGCACUCUCUAAAGAGACAAUUCUUCGAGAGUUGGAAGGUAGAGAGUCUCAGUUUAACUCCGUUCAGGAUCGAGGGUCGGCCAUGGUACUGGACAGACACCCUGCAUCAGAGAGCAUCAGGGCAUAUAUGGAGGCCAUGCAGUCUCAGUGGUCCUGGCUGAUACAGCUGACAGUGUGCCUUGAACAGCAUGUCAAAUUCAAGGCCCUCUACCACCAGUUCUUCAAGGACUGUAAGACGUGUGAGGAGGACAUCGACAGACAGCUGGAGGUGCUGUCCUCCAGAUACAGCCAGGAACACCUGGACUCCGACGAGGCCAAACAGCGAGUCAAGGAGCUCCAGGAGCUACAGAAGCACCUGACCAGCCUACAGCACCACAUAGAGGGCCUCGUACAUCGAAGUGGUGAGGUCCCCCCUCUACAGCUGAGGUCCUCGAGGGUCCAAAGUCCAGUCAGAGUUCAGUGCUUGUGUACUUACAGACAACCAGAGAUGUUGUUGGAGAAGGGCAUGGACUGCUUACUGUUAGAUAACAGUGAUGGAGUCCGCUGGAGGAUCCGUAACAGCAGUGGUCAGGAGGGCCGAGUUCCAGCCGCCUGCUUUGUCGUUCCACCACCCAAUCAAAAUGCCAUCCAAACAGCCCAAAGCCUUAAAUCUAAAUUAGAAAAAUUGUUAGGAAAAUGGAAACUUCAAUACAGAACAAUGAGAUACAACAUGGUGCUUGCUACUAUCCAUAAAGUGAAAUCUUGGGAUCUGAAGCAGUUUAUGCUGCUGGAUCCAUCUCGGAGAGAGGCUUUCUGGAAAACUCUAAAUGAUGAUGCAAACUCCUUGAUGAGGGAAAUUGGAGAGUCCUCUCCUGAAAUGAGAAAACUUCGAGAGGAGUUGGCCAACUGUAACCAAAUCUUCCUCAGUCUAUCAGCUUCAGCCAUGGAAUAUGAAAUAAACGAGAACCAGUCCCCUGAGCAGACGUUGCUACAGGAUCUUGAUUCACUGAACCAUGGACUGAAGUCAUGUGACCAGUCUCACAUCAGCAUGGAGACAGCUGUAUGGGAUAGAACUUCUAUACGGCAUGCAUUAGAACAGCAUAGAGCAUGGGAAAGAAUGUUCAGAGCCUAUGAAGGAGAUCUAGAGAAGGUCAGAAGAGUCUAUGCCACAUUGCCAAGGAGGAGUCACAACUUGGAGGUCAAGUAUUCAGAAGUCUCGCAGAAGUGGGACCAAAUGUUGGCAACAGCGGAGGCCAAUAACGAAAGGCUGAAAGCAGUGGAUUCUGUGCUGUCUGGUGUGGAGUCCAUGAAGCAAGUUGUUGCUGACUUUGAAAUAGCCUUGGUCUCCCAGGAUACCAUGACCUCUGACCCUUCAAGUCUUUAUCAACUCAGGGAGGAACUACAGGACUUGAGCAAUUCCACGAAGCAGCACCAGCCUGUGAUUACCAGCCUACAGAGAGAGAUGGGUGGGCUGUCCAGUAGGGAGGGUGUGUCCCAGACCCGCACCCCCUACAACAUAGGGCUGCUGAAGGAAGAGGUCUCCUCCAUCACAAUGCGCUGGGACAAUGUCUGCAGACAGGUGUCUGAAAGGUUGCAAAGUAUAGAUUUGGCUGAUGACAUGCUGUUAAAAUACACAACCGGCAUCCGGGGAGAGCAGACAUUUGUGUCUGAGAUGCAGAGAGCCAAAGACAGACUACCAAUGUUACCAUUUGAAGUAGAGGAACUGAAAAUGUGCAUAGAACCAACGAUGGCAAUUUACAACAGUCUUGGAGAAGAGCAAUACCAGAUAGAGACCGUGAAUCGACAUGGCGGACAGUUUAUCCGGGAGGCUAAGAUUUAUGACCGGAGGUUGAAGCAGUACAGGAGCAGUCUGGAGGAUAUUGACGCCGCUCUGAUCCAGGGCAUCAACAAGCGCUUCAAGCGACAGGACGGGGCAGAGGUGAUCAAGAUCGAGCUGGACGAGCUGAAUAGACAGUACAUCUCUCUGAUUCAGUGGACCAAGGACAGACUACGGGAGAUUACUCGCAGACUCUCAGAGGCCAAUGUGAAUAUCCAGUUCCAGAUGGUGAUUGAUGAUGACAUUCCACUACUUAGGACUUUCAGGAGUGAACUAGCCAAGCGUUCCUCUGUGCUGAUGGAUGAAGACAUGCAGGGUUUCUUUGAGGAGUUAUCGGAGUAUGAGGGCUACACAGGCACUCCCGGUCAAUUCUAUGGAAUAACUCCAAGUCAGUUCACUGCAAAAGCCACAGCAACAGUGACAUUCCAGAAGCCAGAAACAUUAGAGCGUGUGUCAAAAGUCAGUGCUAGAACUGAAACUGUUCCGGACAGACCAGUCCAGAAGCCACUUGAAGUAAAGGUGAAGAGUAGGACAAUUUCUUCCGUUCCUGAACAAAAGAACAGACUUUCUUUGAAACUUGAAAGCAUGACAGGCGUGAGGGCACCUCAACCCACUCAAGAGAUGGGAUGGAAGCCUCCUAAAGUUUCCCAGACUCUGGUGACAGUGAAAGAAGAAAAUGUGGCACCAACUUCGCAGUUUUUACAUAAACCUGGUGUUCUGAAUACUAAAACAAACAUGAAAAUGACCCUAAGUGAAGCAAUUAAAACUGGAAUAUUUGAUCCUAGAGCAAAAUGUUUAACUGAUACUAAAAACCAGAGAGAAUUAUCAUAUGAAGAAGCGUGUCAGUCGGGAUUGAUAUCAAGAGACUUAAAACAGGAGUUGGGGAAAUCCUCUGGAAUUCUGAAUGUGUUAACUGGACGUCCAUUCACUGUCUUGGAGUCUAUGCAGAAAGGAGUGUUUGAUCCUGUCCACGGCACUGUGAGAGAUCAUUCCACUGGUAAACAUAUCCCUGUCCAUCAGGCGGCUGCCAUUAACAUUAUCACAGAAGAUAUUGCUGAAAGCCUUGUGGGACCUGAAGUGUCGGUGACAACAAUCACUCAGUCACAAGCAAUAUUUGGAGAAGGCAGUUUAGACUCCAUUGAUGUUCCACUUAGCUUGGCUGAGAUGGUGGAGAAGGGGUUCUAUGAUCCAAAAAGUGGCAAAUUACAAGAUCCAAUAUCUGGAGCUCAGUUAACCAUAAUUGAUGCAGUGGAAAAAGGAUAUGUGAAUCCUUCUAAAAGAGAGAUCAAAGAUCCAGAGACCAAAGAGUUUGUUACUAUUGUUGAAGCAGUUGGCAAAUCUCUGCUUGAUCCAGAGACUGGACUAUUUAAUGACAAAUCCUCAAUGGAAAAACUUAAGCUUGAUGAAGCCUAUGAACGUCAGAUUCUUAACAGACCUCUAACACUACCCAAAAUGGUUCGAGAUGGUAUCCUUAGCGAUAGAGGACAUGUGACCAAUCCAAGAACAGGAGAAGUGAUGUCCUUUUCUGAUGCUUUGGAUUCUGGAUUAAUAGAUGACACUGUCAAAUGUGUUGUGAACCCCAGGACAAAUGAUGUUCUUUCACUGUCUGAAGCUAUUGAACAAGGUUUCCUGGACUCCAGAGGGUUAUUUGUACCACCAGGUGCUUCACCAGCCAUUUCCAUCUCGGAGGCUUUGGCUCAAGGUCACUUAAAACUUGUGCAAGAGGAGGUCAUCUUUCCCAAGCCUUGUGUGUUAGAUGCAAUGACUGGUAACAAAAUACCAGUUUCUGAUGCCUUGAGACAUGGAGUCAUUACACAUUCAGGAGAGUUUGUGGACACCUCUACCAAUAGAAGGAUUCUUCUUGGUGCUGCUGGAAGUCAAGGUUUGGUAGAUAAAGGUGUGGUGGAGGAACUCACCAAAGAGACCACUCUAAGAGAUGCCACCAGUAAAAAUAUCUCUUUCAUGAGAGCAAUUCAGAUUGGAAUGAUUGAUGUUGGAAAAGGCCAAAUCUGUGACUUCAAAACUGGAGAUGUCAUGAACUUGCAAGAAGCUGUCAAAGAGGGGCUGAUUUCUAGUGAAGAUGCUGAAACCUUAAUGGAAAUGUUAAGUUCUGCAGUCACACAUACAACUGUAAUAACCAAGGUCCAACCUAAUUCAGAAGAAUCCAGCAUUGAACCAAUGACGAUCUUAGAGGCAAAACAACAAGGUUUGAUCAACGAAUACACUGGUAACUUUAGAAAUCCAAUUACUGGUGCUACAAUGUCUAUCGAUGAAGCUCUGAAGAAAGGAUAUCUCAUACCUGAUGAAGAAGAAGAAACACAGUACUAUGUUGAAGAGAUGGAUGAUCAAGAACCUCUGGAAGAAUUGGAUGAAGAGGCAAGCUGGCUGAGAGAAGUGUCGCAAAAACAUGCCCAACUUAUACCAGGGACUUCAGCCACUGAAUCAAAACUCAUCAGAAAGGGAGAUUCAGGAUUUUCAUUAACGACAACAACUGUAUCUAGACCUCCUGUUCAACAAAAUGUUGUGUCUGAGACAAGACAUAUUGCAGUACAAAGUGCUUUGGACCCAAGAACCAAAGAGCGCAUAUCUCCACAAGAAGCUGUGAAACGUGGUCUGUUGGAUAUGCAUCAAGGAUGUUUUAUUCAUCCCGCAACAGGCAAAAAGCUGACCAUAGUUGAAGCUAUCAGUCAAGGAUUCCUAACAGGAAAAGAUGUUGAUGAAGUGGAUUCACAUGAAGGAUCUGCAAUUAGUGAAGUCAAAUCCUUUUCUAUCACUGGAGUGAUUCAUCCCAGAACCAAGCAGAGGAUCACAAUUAGCCAAGCCACAAAAGAGGGAAUCCUGCACUGUGAAAAAGGCCUCUACAUUGGAAGAGAUGCAUUUGGAAGAGAAAAACCAAUGAAAAUCAGUGAUGCUGUCAAUGCUGGGUUUAUCCUAGCAGACACAGUGAGUCAUGAUGCUCCCUCAGCAGCAGAACUAAUAAGAGAAACUAAACAGUUCACAAUAAAGAGUGUGGUUCAUCCUCACACCAGGAAACAUGUUCCUGUGAUAGAGGCAGUGAGAGAGGGAAUUAUUGAUGAGCAUAAUGGAAUCUACCAUGACUUCAGAACUGGAGAGAAACUUACCAUCAUUGAUGCUAUCGAAAGAAAAUUGAUUGAAGCAGAAUUGACAUCUGUCACUUCCAGUGCUGAUGGGAGUGGUAACAAAAUAAUCACCACCAAAUUGACAACUCUGAUGGUAUCAUGGGUUGUGGAUCCUAGAUCAGGAGAAACCAUUUCAAUUUCAAAAGCCAUUGAAGAAGGAAUAAUUGACCAACAACAUGGUAGCUACCACAACCUUGUAACAGGCGAAACAAUGUCCAUAAAUGAUGCCAUCGAGAGAAAACUGGCCAUUGCUAAAUCCUCAACCCAAGAAUCCAGUGAAAGUGGUAGCAUCCACAGCAUUCACAUUACUGAUGAACAAGAAUCCUUUGAAGCUACCUUAGUUGAGGACAUACACUCUGAAACUGUGACUUUUAGCAUCAGCAGUGUUAUCGAUCCACAAACAAUGGAGAUGAUUUCCUAUGAUGAUGCUGUUGAAAGCAACAUCUUGGACAUUGCUAAUGGAGUGUAUCGCAAUCCUGCCUCUGGAGAAGAAAUACCUAUCAAUGAAGCAUUAAACAAAGGUCUCAUUCAUGCAGAUAUAACUGGGAAAAAGAGAGAAGAAGAUCUAAUGAGAAGUGCAUUUGUAGCAGAGAAAAUUGAUUUCCCAUUGAAAAAUGUAACAACUGUGAUUGAUCCAAAAACAGGAAUGGAAAUGUCUGCCAUGAGAGCUAUACAAUUUGGGUUAGUUGACCUUGAAGAUGGCAUGUUCUUGGAUACCAGAACUUCUAAACGCAUUCCACUGAAAUCUGCCCUAAGACAGGGAUUUAUCACAUUGUCCAAAACAACAGAUCCAGCAGAGAUUGAAAGAUUGCAAAAUGAGUCAUCCGAUUCUAUCCAUCCACCAAAAUUCUCAGAAAAUGGAUUAUCCCCAUCAGUGGUGGAUAUAAAGCUUGAAAAAUCAGGAACCAGAGAAAGCAAAACCUCAGUCUCAACCUGUGCUGAUGAGGUGCUGAAUUAUACAACUGACAUUGAACAAAGCAUGGAUGCAAGUUUCAAUGAUGAUUCUACCGAUGGUAGGAUAGUAUUUGAUUUUGCUGAUAAAUUGCAAAUGGAAAGAGGUGCCCAAGGCAUUGGCAUAGAAUCUCUAACAUUCCCAAAAGGAUUCUCAUAUACUGAAGCAGUAAAGAUCGGCCUGGUUGAUCCAACUUCAGGGAAGGUGCGAGAUCCUUCAUCACAAAAGCUGAUAUCCCUGCAAGAAGCAAUGAUGGCAGGAAUCAUCAACCCAAAGAAACCAGCAUUAGUGACAAAGACUGGAGAUCACCAGCUUACUCUGCAGGAUUGCAUGAGGGAAGGAUACAUUGACCCCAGAACAGGAAAGCUGAAUUUUGGCAAAUGUAGUGAAGAAGAAAUAGUUGUGAGCCCCAACUUUACAUCCCAGUUCUCCAAGCCUGGUCCAUUGAAUUUACUGGAUGCUGUAAGAGCCAAUUUAUUUGAUGAAAUAACAUGUACAUUCCUUGAACCACUUUCUGGAAAUAGACUGACUCUUCAAGAGGCACUGAAUAGAAAUGUGAUAGAUGGAAAUCUCGUGACAGUCGAAAACACAGAAACUGGUAGAAGACUUUCAUUAAAAAUGGCUCUACGUCAAGAAUGGAUUGAUGGUUUCUCAGCCAAUGUAAAAGACUUUGCAUCCAAAUCAACAAUAUCCCUCAUUGAAGCUGUGGACAGAGGAUUAAUAGCAAAUGCUAUUGAUGAAAUGUCUGGAACACUGUAUGAUACAAUAUCUGGAAAAGAAAUUCCACUGGCAAAAGCCCUGACAUCUGGACAAGUCAAGAAAGAUGAUGUCAUGGUAUUGGACAAGAAAACUGGUGAUUUAGUUUCACUAGACACAGCAAUGAGAAAAGGGCUUGUUCAGAGAAAUUCUGGCGUAGUGACAGAUACCAAAACUGGUGAGAAGAUAAAGCCACAAGAUGCCAUUAAAAUGGGCCUGUUAGCAGUAGUUGGUGCGCCUGUACUUGGUGGAAUGGCAUUAUAUGAUGCUGUGACAAGAAAUCGCUCAGAACCAGAGGCAGUGAGCACUCCAAAAUCCACCAUUGAAAAAUCCAGGAAACUUUCAGAGAAAAAAGAUCAACCUCAAUUUGACAAACCAAAUACUAAUGGUCACUCAGACUCACAAACUAAUGGUAGAUUUGAGAGAUUUAAACAGGAAAUAGAAGAUGCCGCUCCCAAAACAACUGUUGUGUUUGCAAAACCAGGAGAUAAUAUUCGACCUUCUCAACCCUCUUGGACACCUGAGAAGAAAGAAGACGAUUCAUUCAACAGAAGCAAUUUGGUAAGUGAGGAACAGAUGACUGAGGAUGCACAAGAAAUAUUUAAAAGGAUGAGAGAAAAAGACACCAAGUCAGGAGUUAAAUUACCUACUAACCCUAUCCCAGCUUCUCCUAAAUCUCCUGCUUUCCGCUUUUCUCCUUCUGCUUCUGAACAGGUGAAGGACUCUGCUUUUUCCCCUUCUGCUUCUAUUUCUGAGACUAUCUUGCAAGAGGCUCCUUCUCCCUCUCCCUCCCCACCUCCCACUAUCCUCUCUUCUCUAACAAUCAAAGAUAAUAUCACUGUUGAUUGGCCUGCUGGCAAAGUAAUUGUGAAAGACUCUGGGGAAGUUGUCAAUGUUGCUGAAGCAGUCCAGAAAGGAUAUCUGGAUUCAGAAACUGUGGAAAAGUUAGCAGAGGCUGCACUUAUCGAGUCAAAGUCACCAGACAUCGAGAUAAACUGGAAUGAUGGAACUGUGACUGUGAAGGAAACAAGAGAGACAGUAUCAAUUGAUGAAGCUCUCAAGCGCAAGUACAUUGAUGUACAUAUUCAUGAAACAUUGAGAACUGUAAUUGAAAAAAUACAGGAGAUCAAGAAAACAAGCACUGUAACACCACAAGAAACAGUCACUAGAGUUAAAAGAAGUUGUGUGACAUCCCAUGCUGAGCAACCUCAAGUGCAACCACAAGUGUCAACAGUGAAGACAGAGAGACAACAAUUUUUAAAGACAAAUAUGUCUGAAGUGCAUGUUCCUCAAGACAAUAGAUGGCAAGAACAGUCGACAACCAAAGAAUCAGCUUAUAUUGUUCACCAUCAUCCUCCAAGUUUUAAUCAAGAUGCCCAGAAAACCACCACUAAAGAAAUGGCAUAUGUUGUACAUCAUCACCCAAGCCCCACGAUUUCUCAUUCUCAAGAAGCAUUUGAAUCUUUUAGACAUGAGAACUUUUCAGAAGGGCCUUGGUCUCUGAAUGAACUUGUGCAAGAUGAUAGGUGUACAACUUUUGAUGGAAAAAUUUUUGUCCCACAUUACGGCAUUCCCAUCACAAUUCAAGAAUGCAUCAACAGACAUUUUCUGAACAUAGAUACUUCCUGUAUCAUUGACCCACGCACAGGAGUCGUCAUCAACCUUUGGGAGGCCAUGAAGAAGAACAUCAUAGAUGCUGAAACUGGAAUCAUUGUUCACACAGGGACGGGAGAGAGGAUCACACUGAAGGAAGCUGUCUAUGAGGGCCUGAUCCCACAACCUGGAUACAGUUACACCUCAUUCAGUGAGGAAGUGGUAGGUUUGACUAGUGGGUCUCUACACAUGUCCUGGAAAGAUGCUGUGGAUCAGGGUCUACUGAAUCAGAAGAUGAAUACCUUCCAACAUCCUUAUUCCAAAGAGGUGAUGUCGGUCUCCUCAGCUGUUGAACUUGGACAUAUUUAUCAUCCUGGAACGGACAAUGUUACUAUUGAAACAACAGAAGUUCAACUGAAACCAAUGAAAUUGAGUACCAUAAGCAUGGGCAAUAACAUCUCAUUUACUGAUGCUAUCCAGUAUGGAAUGCUUGACUUGGAGAGCAAUCAGUAUACUGAGACAGAUACAGGUACCCAGAUGACAAUUCAGGAGGCUAUAAAGACUGAAAAGAUCAACCCACUGAUUGAGACAACAGAACAUAGAACUGAAAAGAUGACACUGACUUAUGCAAUUGAACAUGGAUAUUUCAGUGAGCAGACUGGAAUGUUUACAGAUACCAAAUCAGGACAAACUUAUACAUUGCAGGAAGCAAUCAACAAUGGAUUCAUUGAUGGAGAUAAUCAGAUUUAUGAUGUUGAGAAGAAAAGAUUCCUGACAGUCAGUGAAGGUUUGAAGCAUGGUCAAAUAGAUAAGAAAUCUGGUAAACUAAAGUACAAGGAAAUUGAGCAGUAUUCUUUGAAGGAUGCUGCUAAGAUGGGAUUGAUUGCAUUCAUAGGAGGACCAAUUUUAGCAGCUUCCAAAAUCCAAAAAGCCAUGACUGGGACAGGCAAAAGAAGCAAAUCAAAAUCCCCUGAGACAUCACCAAGCAAAAGUGAUGAAGUUUUCUUUGCAACUUAUCCAAAAACUUCAAGUCAGCAUGUUACCCAAGAAUCCCAGCAUGUAGAACAGCAUGAUGCCAAACAAACAGCAUUCUACCCUGAUUAUACUAACAGUCUUCCCUUAAUCAGGAAAGAAGAGAGCAUGACUCUUCUUUCAACUGUAGUAGAUUACAUAUCACCAGACACUUUAGAAAUAACUCAAUACAUUCAUCACCAGGAUGGUUCAACAAGCAAAAACUCUAGUAGAAUGAAGGUUGACUCAGUUCGAGAUCUUGGAACAGGAAACAACAUACCCCUUCAUCUAGCAGUUGAUCGAGGAAUUAUAGAUACUCAUGAGGGAAUUUUCAGAAAUACGCUGACCGGACGAACCUUUAGUAUUUCUGAUGCACAUCAAAGAGGUUACAUUGAUGGCAAGAUUCUUAGCAACUGGGCAACAAAGACAGAGCCCCAGCAGAAAAGUGUGAAAACUGAUGUCCUAUUUUCAGGUAGAAAGGAACUUACUGUUGUGUCAGUACUUGACACAUUGUCUGGAGAAAGAAUAGGUUUUCAAGAAGCACUGGAUCGUGGGAUAGUGGACCAAGAUGGGAAAACUUACAUCAACCAAAGAGCAGGAGAAAUGAUGCCCAUCAUGGAAGCUGUUUCUAAAGACUUUGUCAUGGUGAGAGAUGUCAACGUGAGAUCGGCCACUGCCAGACAUACAGACUCUGUCAGGCAAAAUACAAUUUCUCAGUCAUUUUCAGUGAAAGUUGACUCAGUGGUAGAUCCAACAACUGGGAAAGAUGUCAAUCUUCCUUUAGCUAUCAAAUCAGGAGUUUUUGAUCCAAGAGCUGGAGUUGUGAAGAAUAAGAUAACUGGAGAAGAAAUAUCCAUCAGUGAAGCCUUCCAGAGAGGUAUGUUGAAAGGAGAAUCAACAUCCUCUGCUGAUGUCCAACAUUUAGAUGGUACUAAAGAGGGUAGUGUACACAUGAAGUCUGUGUUUGAUCCCAGAUCCAAACAAUUUAUUCCUGUCAAGUUGGCAUUAGAGAAAGGCGUAAUAGAUGUUCAGUCUGGUGCCUACAAAAAAGAGGAUGGAAGAAGAGUCUCUAUACAACAAGCAGUCAAAGAGGGCGAAAUAAAAACAGCUCGAGACAGAGUACAUAGUUUAGGAAGAGUUCGGCACCAUGACAUUAUAGUUGAGAAACCUCAAAAAAGUGGAGGAUUUCUGCCAUCAGAUUCCUUUGAUUUCAGAAAAUUUAGGGGAGAUAAUGAAAUAAUUGUUGGGUUAAAAAGAUGUAAAGUAAGCUCUGUUUUGGAUAAUAAAAGAAACCAAAGCAUUACCCUGGAGGAGGCUGUAAGAAGAGGCAUUGUGGACCAUGAACUGUGCAAAUACUUGGACCAAAAGACAAGACAGACCCUUGAUGUGUCUGAGGCAGUAGACAGAGGUUUCAUUGUCCUUGAAGGUGGAAGCCAUUCUCAGGUUCCUCUUGUGACCUCUACAUUCCAAGAUGAAAUUUCUCUUAAGGCAAUCCGCGACCCUGUCACUAAAACAGAUAUUCCUCUUGAAGAAGCUAUUAGAAAAGGGAUAUUUAAGCCUGAGAAAGGACAAGUGCUUAACAUCAGAACUGGCCAGAUGAUGUCUGUUGAGGAAGCAGUUAGUCAGGGAAUAGCAUUGACUGAUUCGUCCAGUAGAUCUUCAGAGGAUGCAGUGGUUGUGAAGGGUGAACUGAUUGAGAGUGUGAGAGAUCCUGUGUCUGGUAGAAGCAUUUCCUGUAGUGAGGCCAUAAGAAAGGGCAUUGUAGAUAUACAGAGGGGACUUUAUUAUGAUCCAAAAACUGGAGUGUCCAUGUCACUGACAGAUGCCAAGAAAAGUGAUUUAGUCAGAAGUAGAGGUGAAAAUUCUGGAACAUCUGAGAAAACCACCAAGGAUCAGAAACAGAUGAGCAUUGGGCUUGUUCUGGACACACUGACAGGCUUAGAAAUACCAGUCCAUGAGGCUAUACAGAGGGGUAUCUUAAAUCCAGAAAUGACAGUUUACACCAAUUUAAAAACAGGUGAGUCCAUGCCAAUAGAAGAAGGGUUUAGGAAAGGCCUAGUGUCUGGUAACCUUCAGAGAACGACUACAACAAAAUUGGAAUCAAAGUCGACAAAACCUGAUGCCAAGUACAACAUUACAGGAGUUGUUGACACAGUGACACAUCGGUUUCUUAAUGUGUCAGAUGCAUUACAGUUAGGAAUCUUGGACAACCAGGGAAAUUUCUUGGAUCGUAAAACUGGGGAAAUCAGUUCUGUUCCUGCUGCCAUGAGACGAGGUCUAGUAGUUGGGGAGGAAAUAACGGCAACGAAGAAAAGUGUGAGGUUCAAAGAUGCACUCCAGAUGGGAUACAUCCAUACCCCAACAGGGAUUUUUACAGACCCCAGUACCAAUAAGAUGUACACAGUUGAUGAAGCCAUUUGCAUGGGACUUCUUUCUGAUGACAAAGGAGAUAAUUUCAAGUAUCUUCCUCCAAAAGCAGAUGGGUCUACAUUGACAUUCCAAACAGCUAUUCAAACAGGGAAAAUCAAUCCAAAAAACGGGAUGUUGGGGGACAGGGCUUCAAGGGAACUUUCUGUUGAAGAGGCCCUAGCCAGACAAGUUCUGUCCCCGUUGUCAAUCCAACCCAAACAAUCACCCAAGAGAGAGGAAGUCAAGAAGAAGGCAAGAUUUGCAGAUAUGCAUUCUGAUGACAAUUUUCAAGGUUCUACAAUGAGUGCUCCGAGAGAGAGUGCCAUCCCUGUGCAGUCCAGCUCUGUUAUUAUUGUCAAAGGCACCGAAGUUCAACCUAUGUCAGUGGAUGAUUUUAUUCCCUCUGAAAAUGUCAUUCCUGAUGAUACAUUUACUGAAAGAAUGAAUGAGAAAGCAAAGCGACAGCAAGUGGGCAUCGCAUCACCUGCUCCAUUAUAUCUUGAAGAUGCUAUCAAACAAGGCUUUGUAGACAAAAUCACUGGAAUCUUCCAUGAUAAGUCUGCUGGGGACAUGCCAGUGGACGAAGCUGUGAUCUGUGGAUUUCUUGAACUCCAUAACGCAGAGCCACUAGAUGAUUAUUGUGUUCCUAAUCCCGACUCUCCCAUUUCUAUCUCUGAAGCUAUUUGUAGUGGUAGUCUGAACAUUAAAACAGCAGAAUUUACAAACUUGAAAACAAAUCUUGUGCUUCCUUUACAAACAGCUUUACAGCUGGGUUACAUUCAAGCAAAAAUUAGUACAUCUGAAUAUGAUGAAACGUCAGACAGUGACAGAGACUCUAGUGCAGUGUUUGUUAUAAGUAAAGAUGGUUCUCCUUUCAAACCUGAGGCAAGUAUUGUGUGUGACAAGGCAGGUAAAGCUAUUUCUAGGACACACACAGACCUCAUCACCACAUCAGGAUCCACAACAUUCAGUGUACCUUCUGGCUACAUGGUAGAUUCCUCAGGCCGCGUGGUGGAUUUAACAUCAGGAAGCACCAUGACAAUGGAACAGGCAGCUUCUGCUGGCUUGGUGGAGGUGGAUUCUGUAGAUGGGUUUUCAGAUAUUAAGGUAGUGGGGGCAAUUCCUCCCUCCUCUUCUUCGGUGGAUGGUGACAUAUCCUCCUCCUUCUCAUCCUCAACUCUGCCCUGCUUGGAAGAUGAGAUGGUCAAUGAUCUCGCUGAUGUCUCAGCCGAUAUAGAUGCUGUAAAACAGUCAGCCUUGAUACCAAUGUCUCUGAUUCAAGCAGUCAAAAGCAAUCUGUUUAAUGCUAAAUCUGGGCACUUCCAUGACUCUAGAACAGGUACUGAAUUCUCUCUGGGGGCUGCCAUUAAACAUGGCCUCCUAAAUGUGGACAGGACACUUGUAAGAUCAUCAAAAUAUGGGGAGAUAAUGGACUUUGAUGAUGCAGUAGACAAAGGAUUUGUGGACACUAAGAACUGUUUGAUUUACAAUGAAGAUAUUCAAAAGUGGAUUACAUUUCAGUGUGCUAUUCAAGAAAAAAUGAUAUUGGAAGUGGGAAUGAAAUCGUUUUGUGAAAAUGAUGUUCAACAAAGAAAUUCUAACGGAAACUUAUCUUGCAUUCCUAAUUCUCCAGACUUUCAUAUGCUACACUUUCUUGAUAAGAAAAGUGGGAAAACUUUGUGUUUCAAUGAAGCCCAAAAUGUUGGCAUAGUAAAAAUAUUUAGCAUUGAAAAUAAAAGCAAAACGGAUUUAGAUAUUCAGGGAUGUUUUGUUAAAGACAGUGAAUCACAGAAGUGGUUGUCCUUUUACCAUGCAUGUGAAAGAGGUCUUGUACAAAACAGGAAUGAUAGGCCCAAACAAACUAAACAGACAAAACAUGUAAAAUUCUUUGAUGAGGAAAAAAGGAAAAUGGAUAUGAAGGCCAAGAGUAAAAGGAAACAUUCCAUAGACCUGUGUGCUUCAGUGGAUCUGCCAGUAAUGUUAGUGGAUGUGAUAGAAAGUGGUCUGUAUGAUCCUGCUAACAACACAGUCAAGGAUAUAGACACAUCUGAAUUUGUCUCCUUCGUGGAAGCAAUUGAGAGGGGUCUAGUUCACAACGACUCCCCUGUGCGUGAUCCGGUCAGUAGAGAUAUCCUGACCCUGGAUGAAGCAAUUGAGAAAAGAAUAAUUGACCCACUCUCUGGGAGAAUGCUCUUGUCGUCUGGUCUACCCAUUGCUCUUAAUUUUGCUCUAGUCAAAGGACUUGUUGUGAGGUGUAAAACACCAUUCUUUCUUACUCUUUCUGAAAUCAUUGAGGAAAGACUUUUUGAUGAAUCCACAGGAUUAUUCAUUCAACCAGACACUGAGGAACAGAUUCCAUUAUCUACAGCAGUUGUCACUGGAAUGGUAGACACCAACUCCAUCAAAGUUCGAAACAUAGAGACAGGAGACAUUCAUAGCUUUGAAUCAGCCAUAGAUCAUGAUCUCAUAAAUCUUUCCUCAAAUGAGUGCAUGGACUUUAAAAGUGGAGAAUGGGUUCCACUUAUUGACUGUGUGGAAAAGGGAAUUCUCCUGGAUACCACCAAUCAGCCAAAGUAUGGGCUGUUGGAGUUUGAGGAGGAGUGUGUGACUGAGGAAGCCUUCAUUGACCCUUCUACUCAAUACAGCAUGUCUCUUCAGGGUGCAAUGGAUGCUUGCAUAUUGGAUCGAGAUGGUGUUCUUGUAAGAGAUUUGAAAACCAAGUUUUUCUUGACCUUAGAUGGCGCCAUCAAUGAGAAAUUGAUGGAUCCUGUUUCUGGAGAGUACAUUUAUCCCAAUGGAAAGAGAUUAGCAUUCAGUGAAGCAGUGAACAAGGGACUUUUAAUUCAAAAUCUGGGAAGUGCUGACUUAAAUCUUGUGGAUGCUAUUCAUGAAGGUGUGUAUAAUAGUGAAUCUGGUAAAUUCAUGGAUCCCAGAAAUGGUGAGUUACUAGGAAUGACGGAAGCUAUUGGUAACAAGCUGAUCAAUUGCAGUGAUAUUGUUAUAAAAAACUCAAGGUUUAGAAAGUUUUCAACUGUUGAAGAGGCUGUAUCAUUAAAGAUCCUAAAGUUAGAGACAAGUGAGAUUUGUGAUGAGAAUGACAUUUUUAUUGAUCUAAAAACUGCUCUUAAUCAAGGCUACAUUCAACAAAGAUCUUCUUUUGAAUCAGUUAAUCUGGCAACUGCUCUGGAAAAAGGAAUGUUUAGCAAAGAUCUCAAACAGUUCAUGGACCCUGUUUCUCGUAUGUAUUUACCAUUGAGUGAUGCUUUGGAAAUAAAUGUUAUUGAUCCCCAAAGAACUCUGGUAAAAGAUUCAGAGUGUGAUCUCUAUAAACCAAUUGCUACAGCUAUUCAAGAAGGCGUUGUUGACGAAUCGGACUGUUCAGUUCUAGAUACCAAAUCUCAAUUGAAAGUUGAAAUUUCUACAGCUGUGUCACAGAAACUCCUGAUGGAGAUGCCCACGCAUGGGUUCUGUCUUGUUGAUGCAGUUCAGUUUGGAUUAUUUCAGUCAAGUACAAACUCAUUUUACCAUCCAUGGAAACAAAAGUGCUAUGGACUUCAAGAAUCUAUUUCAUUAGGGCUCAUUGAUGAAAAGCAGCCUCAGGUGCUUGUGGUGGAUAAGGGAAUCUUAACUGUUGAAGAUGCAAUGGAACAAGGGAUUUUAGAUAAGCAAACAUGCAUUUACCAGAAGCGUUUCACUCUUCCUGAGGCCAUUUCAAAGGGACUUGUAUUCAAAGUUGGCCAGAGAACUGUUCAGUCUAUAAUAUCUGUCGUACAGGAUUUACUGAAAGAGACAAAUGCUAAUUCGUCAGCAAGGGCAAGAUACAUCUUAGAUGCUGAUUCAGAUAUCUUAAAAAGACGAGGUAUAUCCAAACCAUUGUUGGGACUGCAAAGAGCUGUAGAGGAAGGGGUGUUUGAAAAGCACUGCUGUAAGAUGUUUGAUCCGCGCAUUGGUUCCUCUGUGACUCUGUCUGAAGCUGUGAAGACCUCUCUUAUCCACAAGACAAGGUCUCGCAUACUCAACCCAGAGACAAAAAGGUUCAUUUCCCUGUCAGAAGCAUUGGAAAGAGGAAUAGUAAGUGGAAAGACUGGUUCCAUUCUUGACAGGGUACACAUGAAAAGUUACCCACUAGAAAAGGCAGUGGAAGAACGGAUGGUUGUGGAUGUCCUUUUCUCCAAGGUUACAUUAGAUGAAGCAGUGCAUUAUGGGUUGUUAAACCUUACUACCCUUCGUGUUCAAAGUUUCUAUAGCGAUGACAGGUUCACACUUACAGAAGCAUUUGAGAAUGAACUUUUGGAUGUUACUAACACAUUGAUCAAGGAACCGUCUGGUGGAACUGUUAUGACCUUGAGACAAGCAGUUGAAAUGAAGGUGUUCCAUCUGAACACAGGAAGACUUGUUUCAAAUGAUAACAAAUCUUACAACAUUUUGGAGGCCCUGCAACAAGGAUACAUUCUUAAUGGUAGAAGCUUUUGUGAACAAUUACCAACAAGACCAAAUGCAUUAUCUUCUAUUGCACCCAUGGAUUUUCUUCCACAUACUACUGAUUCCAGAAAAACUCCACAGAGAAGGACUUCCAUUACUUUCAAGGAAGCUGUUCAAAGAGGUCUUGUGGAUAUUGAGAGAUGUAUGUUUAAUGACAUUUCCAAUUCACAAAACAUUCCACUUAUAAAAGCUGUUGAUGUUGGCCUGGUGGACAUAUCCUCUCAGUUAUUCCAUGAUGAAUUCAUGAAUGAAAACAUUCCAUUACAAGAGGCCAUUAAGAAGGACCUUGUUUCUUUGAAUGGUAGUAAAACAGUGAAUUCCAAGUGCUUUACUCUAAAGGAGGCACUUAAGUAUAAGAAGCUAUUGGACUGCAAUCAUCAGGUGACAGAACCCAGUGUCACAAUUGAAGUACACAAUGCAGAGAAUGGACCAGAUCAUGAUCUUUUAUCAAGUUCCAAAAGCCUUUCGUCUUCACUGGAUUCAAUUCUUCAGUCCUUGAAGUCAUCUGGAAAUAAAUUUCGUAUUGGAACACUUCAUGGUGCUCUGCUAAACAAUCUGGUGGAUAAGGACACUGGAAGAAUCAAAGACACUGUCACAGGGAAGCAACUCACUUUGGUGGAGGCUAUUCAGAGUAGCUUGAUCGAUGGAGAUGCCAAGGAAGUGGUAGAUGACAGCACUGGUGAAAUAUUGUCCUUAGAAAAUGCAAUGGCUGCAGGGGUAAUUGAUAAUACCAGAGGUACUUACAAAGACAAGAUGUCUCUUACAGACGCUUUUGAUAAAGGUCUCAUUUUAGAGAGACAGCCAUCUGACUCAGAAAUGGCAAGUUCUGUUGAUAGCUAUGUCCAGGAGAUUCUGCUUGGCGAUUCAUCAAGAGGACGAGAUAAAAUUCAGAAAGCCUUUUCGUCAGGCGUUCUGAACCAGGCAAAGUCCCAUGUCAUCGAUCCAGACACCAUUCAACCAAUUACACUGAAGAAAGCAGCUAGUCUGGGACUUAUAGACUUGAGUACUGGAGAAUUCAAAAACCCACAGUCUGGAGAGUCCAUGGCUAUUUCUGAUGCGAUGGACAAAGGGUUCAUUCUUAGUCCCAAAGGACUGAGUUUAUACAGUGCUGUUAAUCAAGGGCUUUAUAAAGGAGAGCUGAGAAAAUUUGUUGACCCUUCAACAGGAAAAGAACACAACCUUAGAGAGAUGAUUGAUAUGGAAAUAGUUACUCCAUUGUGUCAAGAAAUUAAAGAUCUGCUACAUGAUGGAAUUAUUGUAACCUUACAAGCAGCAAUAGAUAGAAAGAUUAUCGAAAGCGAUGAAAAUGUGUACAUCAAUCUGCUCACAAAUCAAAUGUAUGAUUUCAAUGAUGCCAUAGCUGCAGGUCUUAUCAUUAGUAACAGUCCAAGAGAGGGUCUGAGAGAAAGUGACCAUGCAUUUACCGACAUAGGCGCCAGGAGUUUGGAACAGACAAGAUUCAGAUACAUGGCAGAUACCCCAUUUGGUCCAAUUAUGACUCGAUCGUUUACUCUUGGGAAUCCUUUGGAAGGAGGGAGUUCUUCAGAUCUGUCCACAACAGAUUCUUCAAGCACUGAGAAGAGAGACAAUCCUGUGUUCACCAUUCCUCUGACAUCAGAGAUGGUGAGAAAUAUCAUCGCCACAGGCAAAUUGAAGAAAGACUACCCAAAACCUCCGAAAGAGGCACUAGGUGAUGAAGUAUUAAGUACCGAAAACAGAGUCAUGGAAGGUGAUCAAACAGAUAAAUCUGGAAACAAGGGUUUCCCUGAAGUGAAUGGCAGAAGUGUUGCUGCAGAGAAUCAUGGGAAACCAUCUGACAAGGGCAAGAGAUGGCCAGUUAGCGGUUGGACACACAAGGGACAUUUAGUAGACUCCUGUGAUAAGCUCAUUCAGGAUUUGAACAAUGAACUCAACUGGUUAUCAGAUACUGAGCAACUUCUACGAGAUGAUCAACCAAUCAGUGAUGAGGCUUAUAAGGUCAAAAGUCAGCUGGAAGCUCAAAGGGCCUUCCACAGUGACAUCCAGAAGCACCAGCAGCCUAUCUUGGCCUUGGUGUACCAGACAGAACAGCUCCUGGAACACCACCAGGAGGAGCUGACCCCCGAACAGGUCUCCCAACUACAGCAGCUGGCUGACAACCUCAAGUCCAACAUGUCCAAGGUUCAGAAGACCAGUGAGAUUCGCCUCAAGCACCUAACGACUGCCUGUGAUGAAGUGACCAAGUUUGAGGAGGAGCUUGGUAAAUUUGAGGAGUGGCUGACCAUGUCCAGCAAGGAACUGGACAGACAGGAGGAGCUGAUUCGAGACUUGGACAACUUUAGCCGCGUCAUGGAGCAGCAAAAGCAACUGAUGAAUGACAUAAUCUCACACCAAGCUGACACCAGAUUUAUGACAAUGUCUGUGCAGAAGUACAUGGAAGAGGCAAAGCUGCAUAAGCUGGAGGUGGAUGCAUUCAAGGCCAACAGGAAGAAGACAUCCAGGUUAAGCUGGAUCGGCAUGGAAGGAAUGGAUGCUGAAAUGGUGGGAAACAAGCUGAGGUCAGAGGUCGCCAAGUAUGAUGAGCUCAGUUCCCGGUGUGGUGACUUUGGAGAAAGGCUCGGAAAACUCAAUACAAAACAGAGAGAGUUCAAUGACGAUACAUUCAAGAUUCUGUCUUGGUUAACAACCACUGAAGAGAAACUAUCCACUUCAAAACAGGAAUCGAAUACAACAGAUCCAGAUAUCUUGAGAGAACAGUUAGAUUUAAUGAAAUCGCUUGGAAGUGAUGCUUACUCACAAGGUGUUCAGUUAGAGGAGCUGGAGAAAUCAGCCAAGGAGCUUGUGUCAGAUUUACAUAACUUGUGUGUUGUCCCAGCACACAUCACAAAAUUCCAAGACAUCAUCCAGGACAUAAAUGGCAGACACAAGGAAGUGACUAAGGAAAUUAAUGACCGGUCGCAUAGCUUGCAGACGGCACUCACCAAGUCUCAGGAUGUUGAGGAUGCUCUAGACAACCUGCUGACUUGGCUGAGAGACACAGAAUCUGCUCUAGACACCCAGAGACCUGUGAGCCUCAGCAGAGACAACUUGAAUGAACAGUACCAAGAAAUCAAAUUGAUCCAAGCAGACAUUGUCAGUCAUAAGCCAAGCAUUGAAACUAUGAAACUUGAUGCUCAUGAAUUGAUCAAAACUUGUGAAUUAGACAUGGCUAAGUCUUUAGAAUCCAAGCUAGAGGACUUGGAUAACAGGUUCUCAAAUGUGAAUAAAAAGUGUCGAAACAGGAAUAAAGACAUGGACGAGAUAUCAGAAACUCUGUCAAAUUUCCAAGAAACUAUGGACAGCUGCAAACAUUGGUUAAGUAAAAACUCAGAGGAACUGGAAAGCAAGGAGUGGAACAAAAAAUCCAGUGAAGACACCCAGGAGAAGAUCGACGAUCUCACCAAACAGAGAGUUAGUAAAGAGAAAGUGGUGGAGGAGCUGUCACAGCUCGGUCAGCUGCUGGUGGAGGAUCCAAGGACUGGGGAGGUGUCAGCAGUGAAGGAGUCGCUAGCCGACCUACAGAGACACUGGACAGACUUCUGUGAGGUCCUGGAGGAGAGACAACAAGAGAACCAGGAGAAAGAGAAGCAGAGGAACGAGUACGCUGACAGCAAGAAGGCCAUUGUAGAAUGGCUGGCCAAGAUGGAGAACACAGUGGAUGGGUUUGAACCAGUGGCUAUUGAUAUCGAAUUAGCAGAGAAACAGAUAGAAGAACUUGAGCCCCUGCUUGAGGAGUACCAGGAAUAUGGACCUAUCUUGGAAGAGGUCAAUGAUGCAGGCUAUGCUUUUGAUGCCACACAAAGUGAAGGCUCUAGACCUCAGAGUCCAUUCAAAAGAAUGAUGAGAGGAAGACGGUUCCAAGGCCUGCUGUCCCCACGCCUGGGGAGCACCUCUCCUACCUUCCCCUACCCCGCCUCCCCUACAAACAUCCUGAGUCCAUCCAGUGAUUCAAGUGGAAUCAGCAGCAAAAAGAGCUCCUUCGACAACUUCCAGCUGGAUGACUUGAGCGAGAUCCAGCAGGAGUUGGUGGACAUUAACCAGAGAUAUGACAUUCUUGGGGAGAGACUGGCAGACAGACACCAAGAACUAAGAAACAUUGUGGAGAACAUGAAGAGCUACCUCCAGAACAUGCAGGAACUCCUCACCUGGAUAGACCUGAAGGAGCUGGACCUCAACAUACAGGGAGGCCUCCCCACCAGUGAAAGAGAGGCCAAGAAACAGCUCAAGGAGCACCAGGAAUUCCAUGCAGAACUUCUUGGAAAAGAGAAUUUGGUGACUGAUAUCAGAACUAAAGGACAGGAACUUCUCAAAACGAAGCAGGGUGUUCCUGGAUUGGAAGUUUGUCAGCAGCAGCUGGCAGAGCUUGAUAACAAAUGGCUAGAUAUCAAGGUCUUAUCUGAACAAAGAAGGAAAGCCUUGGAGGAAAUGGUGAAAAACAUUUCCGCCUUCAAGGACGCUGGAGUUCACCUUCAGAAAUGGAUUGCCCAGAAGGAGAAGAUGAUGGCCGUGCUUGGACCAAUCUCUACGGAGAAGGAAAUGAACCAGAACCAAGUGGAGCAGGUCAAGCUGUUGACUGAGGAGUUCAAAGGUCAGACUCCCCUGUAUGAAAAGUUCAUCCAAUCGGGCCACACUAUCCUUGACCUUUGUGAUGCAGACUCCAAGGACGCCAGCCACAUCAGUGAGAAGAUGGAUGUCAUUAGCAAGGACUGGAGUCGUUUGGAGGCCCGCCUCCAGGAGAGAGGCAGGGCAUUGAAAUCCGUGGAGGGCCUCAGUCUGGAGUUCAAUGACAUCAUGAAGACUGUGCAGGAUUGGAUUGACGAUUUCUCAGACCGGGUCGGAAAUAUCACUCCAGGGACGUUGUCUCCUGAAGAAAAUGAAAACUACCUGGAGGAACUACAGGCACUGGAGUCUGAGCUGACCAGCCAAAAACUUCUGGCACAGAAAACAAAAGACCUCCACAAAAAAUUGUGUGAUGAGACGAAAGACCCAAGCACCAAGAUGGAGCUUAAACAGAAAAUAGCUAACCUGGAAAAACAACUUACUGAUGCAGAAAAACAGAUUGGUGCGAAAAGAUCAGCUGUGGUCAAGGCCAGUUCUGAGGGCCAGGAGCUGACCGCUAAAUGUCACGACAUUCUGGACUGGUUAUCAGACACCAGGGGACGUCUGGACCAACAGCAGCCUGUGUCAGGAAACAUUGAUGUCCUCAAGGAGCAGGCAGAGCAGCAGAGGAUUCUGUAUAAAGAUCUCGUAGACCAUGAGGCAGAAAUCAAAGAUCUUCUCAGACAAUGUGAUAACACAUUAGAGUCCAUACCACCCUCAAAGGAAAAGCAAGACCUGCAAGACAAAGCAGAGGAAAUUCGAGCUGAAUAUGAUGAGCUGAAACUGUGUGCUCUUGAACGUGACCAGAAACUAGAGGCCAGCAUGAGGCAUGCUCAGUGUUUCCAGGACAUGCUUGACAAACAGUUACUAUGGCUACAGUUCAGUCAGGACAAGCUUGAAGGAUUCCAGCCAACAGAACUCCAGAGAGAUAUCAUUGCCAAGAAACUGAGUGAUGCACAGAGCUUAAAGUCAGAAGUUGCUGAACAUGCUCCUCAACUAGAGAAAUUACAAAGUGAAGGAAAGUCACUGGCUAGUCUUGUUGAACAAGAUAAAGAAAUUGCAAAAGAAGCUAUGCAGGUUGUGUCAGAAAAAUGGCAGAGCUUAGAUCAAGGGGUGACAGACAGGGUGAGGAGUCUGGAGGACCUGAUGCAGAAACUGGACGACUUCCAGUACAACAUGAAGGAUUACAGUUCCAAUUUGACCAAAUGUGAGGACUCCCUGAAAAACCACAACAAUAUUGGACCAUCGGCUAAAGAUCCCAAACAUGCGGAUAAAAUUAAAGCCUUACAAGAUGAUGUGGAUGGACUCCAUCCCCAGAUGGACUACCUGGAAGCUGUGAUUGAGGACCUGAGUAACACAGGGCUUGGCACCAGUGACCUCGAGAGGGACCUCCAGAACAAGAAACAGAAGCAGGAGGACCUCCAGACCAACAUCGCCGAGCUGCUCUCUGAACUCGAUGAGGGUACUCAAGUGGUCAAUGAAUUCCAGGAUGAACUUUCCUCAGUUGGUGCCACCAUGUCCAGCUAUGAAGGGGACUUGAACUCGAUAGGACCAGUGAAGAGGGAUGAGAAUGCACUCCAGACUCAACUCAGACAGGCUGAGGAAUUUUUGUCGAAGCUGAUUUCACUGGAGGACAGAAUUGCUGAUGCUGAGGAGAAAGGAAAGAACCUAGAGUCCUCUGGCUAUGUGACAGAUCCUCAACUGAUAGAGGCACCAAUUGAUGCUCUGAAGACCCAACUUGGAAAUUUGAAAUCCAAAGCUGACAAUUGUAAGCGUGACAUAGAGAAUAUGCUGGAUACUCUUGACAGAGCCAUCGAUCAUCUCAGGCGAACCAGAACCAGCAUCGACAGGGCUUCCGAUGAACUAGACAUGCAUGAACCAAUUGGAACAGAUGUUAACGCCAUCAAACGCCAACAGGAAGAACUACACAUGUUUGAGAGCUCUGUCUUGGAGCCUCUUCAGAAGAGAGUGGAAGAAGGCAGCUCCAUGGUGGAGAACCUGAUGCAGACCGCAGCCCCAGGUGUUGACACUGAGCAGUUAGAGGCGGAGCUUGAGAGUAUGAAUGACAAGUGGGCAGACCUCAAAAAGAAGGUGUCAGAGAGGAAACACAAUCUUGACAACAGUCUGCUACAGGCGGGUAAAUUCCAUGAUGCCCUGGAUCACUUACUGGUCUGGUUGAAGGAGACAGAGGAGACUAUUGCCAACCAGAAAGCACCGUCCCCAGAAUACAAGAUAGUCAAAACACAACUACAGGAACAAAAGUUUUUAAUGACGAUGUUGGAGGAUAGAAGUCCCAGUGUCAAAUCUGCCAAGAACGCCGCUGAAUCUCUGAUGAGGGGCCUGAACCCCCAGGAGCAGAAGGGAAUCCAGAACCAGGUGGCUCAGCUUGACCGUCGCUGGGAGACUGUCUGCGCCACUUCACGGGACAGACUGGACAUCCUGGAAGAGAUGCUUGGACUGUCCAAAGACUUCCAGGACUUGCAUGAACCUCUGACCUCCUGGCUGGACUCCACAGAGAAGAAGUUCGCCUCCCUCGAACCAUCAGCCAUGGAUACACAAGGAAUUGAAAAUAUUAUAACUGCACUGAAGGACAUGGAUAGAGAUGUUCAGUCUAAGGCUGAUCAAGUGAAAGAACUAGCACUAAGAGGAAAAGAUCUGCAGGAUUUCUGCAAAGGCAAUGAUGUCAAAGUUGUGCAAAAGAAAAUUGACUCUGUGCAGGCAAGAUUCACAGAGCUGAGAGAUAAAGUGAUAGACUCCACAGAACAAAUGGAAGAAGCUCUCCCAUUGGCCCAGAACUUCAAUGAUGCACAUGCAGAGUUCCUGGACUGGGUCCUCAAAACUGAGUCGCAGCUCCGUACCAAAGAGGCCACAGGUCAAGAGGCAGAGGAACAAGUACAGAAAUUCAUGGAAAAACUUCAGGACAUCCAGCCAGUUCUUGAAGUUUUGAAAGAAGAUGGCAGUAAUCUGUCUGAUCUGGCCCCAGGGGAUGCUGGGCUAAAAGUGGAGGAAACCAUGAAGAAAGAUCUCCAGAGAUACGAUGCAGUCAGCGAUCAGAUUCAGCGCCGGUCACAAAAAGUCUCCAAAUCCAAGCAGAGGUCAUCUGAGAUUGUUGGAAACAUUGCUGAUCUGCUUGACUGGUUUGGAGAAAAGGAAAAAUCUCUCCUCAGUUCUCCACCAAUCAGCACAGAGCUUGAUACACUUGAUAAACAACUGGCAGAUAUUAAGGAGCUGAAUGAAGAAAUCACAGAACAGAAAGUAAAAUCCAGAGAUUUGAUCACACGGGGCAAGAAGAUGAUGCGGGAGAGCUCACUGGAGGAUGACCCCAGGCUGCGUGAGGCAGUGGAGGAUCUGAAGAAUAAAUCCGACCUUGUGUGGAAGAUGGGGCAGGAGAAACAAAGGACUCUGGAACAAGCUCACCCAUUGGCUAAACAUUUCUGGGAGACAAAUAAGGAAUUGUCUGAUUGGCUGGAAGAGGCUGCUGUGAUUGUGGCAGACUUGAAAGUUAUGUCCAUUGAUGCAGAACAGGUCAAAAAACAACAGGAGCAGAUCAAGGUUCUGAAGCAAGAAGUACAGGACCACAAGCCUGAUGUUGACAGACUGAACAAAACUGGUGGGGCUCUGAUCAAGAUGUGUGGAGAACAGGAGAGCUGCCAGGUCAAGAGGAUCAUGGAUGAUCAGAACUCCAAGAUGGAGGACAUCAAAAACUACCUCAAGGACAGGUCUCUGUCUAUUGAUGAAGCUCUCCAGCAGUCAGCAGAAUUCACUGAUAAGUUGGAGGACAUUUUGGAUACCCUUACCUCUACUCAUGAGAUGGUGGAAAAUGCUGAGCCAAUUUCUGCCCACCCAGACAGAAUCAAAGAUCAACUGGCAGAAGUCAAGGCCUUUAUGGAGGAUGUAGAUUCCAGACAGACUGCCUUGGCUUCCAUUAAGAACAAGGCUGAGGAGCUGAUUAAGCAGGCAGGGGACAAAGAGGACUUUGCCGUACAAGAGGUAAAGACCAAGCUGUCCGAGUUGGUGGGUCUGUAUGACAACAUCUGUCAGCUGUCCACGGCCCGCAGCAAGGACCUCGAGGACACGCUGGAGGUGUCGGAGAAGUUCUGGGAGGACUACAACAACCUGUGUAGCACGGUCAAGGACCUCCAGGACCAGAUCACCUCCCAGGAUCCCCCCGCCCUGGAGCCCGCCAUCAUCAGGGAGCAGCAGGACUUCCUGGAGACUCUCAAAGAGGAGAUUGAGGCUACGCAGGUAGACCUGGAGGAUUUCAACAUCACUGGAGAGCAGUUGAUGACCAUGGUCGGUGAACCAGAACAGCCAGAAGUUCAAAAUAACAUGGAGGAUGCCAGCUCUCAGGUCGACAAAGUCACAGAAAAGUACGAGCAGAGAGCCAGAACUCUGGAGGCCGCGUUGGAGAAGGCUGUACAUUUCCAGGAUGAACUGAUGAAAAUCUUGGUCUGGCUGCAAAAGAGGGAGGUACGCCUGAGAGAGUUCACUCCAGUUGGCUCAGAUUUUGACACUAUCAAAGUACAGUGGAAUCAAGUGAAGGAAUUGAAAACCGAAGUAGAACCCAAACAGGUGGACAUUGAGUCACUGAACCAGAAAGGUCAGGACCUGGCCAAGGAUGCCCAGCCCGCAGAUCAGGUGGUGGUCAAGGAACCGCUGUCCUCGGUCAACAGACGCUGGGACAACCUGCUGGAAGGAAUCGGUGAAAGACAGCGAAAUCUACAAAUGGCCAUGUUGAAUGUGGGACAGUUUGAGCAUGCCCUGAAUGAGCUGUUAGCUUGGCUGGACAAAACUGAUGAGACAGUAGAUGACAUUUCCUCCACAUUUGGUGACCCAAAACAAAUCGAGAUUGAGCUAGCCAAGCUUAAGAUCAUACAAAAUGAUGUGGAUGCCCAUAGAGACAGUGUAGACUCUGUCAAGGAGGCAGGAAAGAAAGUCCUUGCUACAGAACACGGAGGAGAUACACCAAUCAAAAGAAAGCUUGGGGAUGUUAAUGAACUGUGGGAGAAAGUACAGAAAAAAUCAGCCAACAAAUUCAAACAGAUGAAGGAUGCUCUACGAGAGGCCAAGUCUUUCACAGGAGAACUUCAGGAUCAACUCCUACAUCUUUCGGAUCUGGAGGGAAACCUCAUAUCAUCCACUCAGAUUGGUGGAUUACCAGAAACUGCCAAAGAACAGCUUGAGAGAUUCAUGAACUUGUAUGAGGAGCUGGAUGAGACAGGACCGAAAGUGAAGAAGACGGUAUCAGACGGCGAAAGUCUAAUCAGUAAAUCCAAGGGUGCCUCUGCCAACCACAUCAAACAGAAUGUGGAGCUGCUGAAACAGAGGUGGAAGAACAUCCAGAUGAGAGCAGCAGACAAAAAGAAAAAAUUGGAGGAUGCAUUGCAACAGGCUGACAAUUUCCACCUCAACCUGAACAGCUUCAUUCAAUGGCUGACAGAGACAGAGAAGACCUUGAACAAUCUACAGCCAGUCAGUCGCCUGCUCGAACAUGUCACUCAACAGAUAGAGGACCAAAAGGUCCUUCAGAAGGACAUAAGCCAGAACCGGGAGAGGAUGAUAGCCCUGGACAAAACUGGGACCCACCUCAAGUACUUCAGUCAGAAACAGGACGUUAUUCUCAUCAGGAACCUGCUGUCCAGCAUUCAGCACCGGUGGGAGAAGAUCGUGUCUCGCAGCGCGGAGCGAACCAGGCACUUAGAGAGGGGCUACAAGGAGGCCAAACAGUUCUUUGUGAUGUGGAAAGAUAUGAUGGAAUGGAUGCAGAAAGCUGAGACCCUACUGGAUGCUGACACUUCUGUCAGUAACGAUCACGCAACCAUCAAAGCACAGAUCAUCAAACACAGGGAAUUCCAGAGAAGUCUCGGAGCUAAGCAGCCUAUCUACGAUGGUGUGAAUAGAAUGGGCCGCUCCAUGAAAGACAAGAGCCCCGAACCAGACAGACCAGAAAUUGAAAAGAAACUUAGUGCCAUGAAGGCCAAGUGGAACUCCCUUUGUGCCAAGUCUGUAGACAGACAAAGGAAGCUGGAAGAGGCCUUGUUGUUUUCGGGUCAGUUCUCGGAGGCUCUGCAGGCCCUGCUGGAUUGGCUGGCCAAGGUUGAACCAACCCUGGUGGAGGACCAACCUGUGUACGGGGACGUCUUCACCGUCAACAAUCUGAUGGAAAUCCACAAGGCAUUCCAGCAUGAAUUGGGGGCCCGCUCAAACACAGUGGCUUUUGUCAGAAAGAGAGCCAAGGAAAUGCUGGACAAAUCUGAACAUGACAUGACACAGCAGCAAGCUGAGCUUAUCGAGCUUACCACAAUGUGGGAUAGAGUGUGUAAGCUGAGCGUGAACAAGCAGGAGAAGCUAGAACAAGCUCAUAAGCUGGCUGAAGACUUCCACCAGAAAGGCCAGGGCUUGCUGGAUUGGUUGGCAUCUGCUGAGCGACAGCUUAGGUAUCGAGGAGCCCUUCCAGAGGAGGAGCUGCCCCUCCUCAAACAGAUUGAGGAGCACAAGAAAUUUGAGGAGGAUUUAAUGAGACAAGAAGCAAAGUUAAGAGAAACUCUCAGUAUAGGACAAGAUAUCCUAAAGAGGUGUCACCCAGAUGCUCUGACUACUUUGAAGCACUGGCUAUCAGUUCUCAGAGCCAGAUGGGAAGAGGUGACAGCCAUGUGUAAGCAGCGUGGCAUAAAGUUAGCACAAGGUCUGCAGACCAUGAGACGCAACAACGCCAUCUUAGAUGAUCUGCUUGCCUGGCUAAACGGAGCAGAAACCAACCUGAUGGGUCUGGAUCAGGAACCAGUUCCAGGUGACAUCCAGGUCAUCAUGGACCUACUCAAGGAUCAUCAGGAUUUCCAAAAUGACAUGUCUUCAAAACAACCGGAUGUGGACAAACUGACUAAAGGGGACCGCAGAAGGGGAACCUCAGUGUCAGAGUCUGCCUCUCAGAUCCCCGUCUUGAAGGCCUCACCCUCAGGGAGACACACCCCCAUCAGGACUCCAAGGAAGGACACCAGUGGAAGGAAGACCCCUGAGCCAGUGUUUAGAAAUCCAAGAGUCGGGGCUCUCUUCAUCAAAUGGAGGACUGUAUGGUUGAUGGCCAUGGAUCGCCACAGGAAACUUCGGGAUGCACUCGACUACCUAGAAGAGGUUGAGAGACUAAAGGACUUUAAAUUUGAUGACUGGAGAAGACGAUACCUUCAAUUUAUGAGACACAAUAAAUCACGAAUCAUGGAUAUGUUCCGUCGUCAGGACCGAGACAGAGACGGCAGAGUCUCAAGGAAGGAAUUCAUCGACGGCAUAAUUGCUACCAAAUUUCCGACCAGUCAGUUGGAGAUGGAGACGGUAGCCAAUAUGUUUGACAGGGACGGGAGUGGCCUCAUUGACUACAAGGACUUUGUGAACGCCCUCAAACCCGACCGAGAGCCCCAGAAACCAAUCACCGACACUGAGAAAAUCAAUGACGAGGUCAAGAACCAGGUCUCCAAGUGUACCUGUGUCAAACAAUUCAAGAUUCACAAAAUCGGAGAAGGAAAAUACCGGUUUGGAGAUUCUCAGAAGCUGCGGUUGGUGAGAAUCCUGCGCAGUACGGUGAUGGUCCGUGUGGGUGGUGGAUGGGUGGCCCUGGACGAAUUCCUGGUCAAGAACGACCCCUGUCGAGAUUUAAGUAAACAUUUUGAGACGUGCCCGGCAUGUCUCCGCAGAAGAAACCGUUUUCAGUUCAAGGUUAUCAUGACACCAGAACAACUAACCAAGGGCCGAACUAAUGUAGAGCUCCGAGAACAGUUCAUUCUGGCACAGGGAGUCAGCCAGUCCAUGAGUCCGUUUGUUUCCAAGAGUCCGAGCGGAAGCUCCCACUCCGGAAGUUCGUCAGCCUCCUGGAGUACAAGAUCACCAAGUUCAGCAACUGGGCCCAUUACUAAAAUUAGAGAAAAAUCUGUUCACUCCACCCCUUGGAGACAGAACGGAGCACGGUCCACCCCGGGGCCUGACGGCGAGGUCAGACAGAUCAUGUCCCAGCCCCACCUAGACAGCACUCCCAAAAGAUCGCGAUACUUAGCCUCACCACGUAAUGUUUUCAGUCCAGCUAUUCCCAGCAGUGGAAGAUCUAGUCGUGCCAGCACAGGAGGGGGGAGUCGUCCACCCAGCCGAGCGGAAAGUGAAUGCUCUGAGAUCAGUGAACCGGAAAUGUACACAACUGUUCAGCAUGAGACCAAAUCUUCUGGUGGACGAAAUCAAACUGUAGUGACUUAUCAGACCCAUGUGGUCAAGACCCGGACAGCCAGCAAUCCCUCUCCCUCAGUAAAGGGGGGACCAUCAGGGAAAGGGGGACCUUCCCCCUCUGCCAGGGGGUCCAGAAUACCAAAACCCUCCACAACUCCUAAAAAGUGAUGAAUAAAUGUCAUGUGAUUUACUUAAGCAUUCCUCUCCUACAUGCGAUACUGAUUACGAGACAAUCGACGAUACUCAUUGAUAAUCAAACAGCAGACUAACGCCUGCUUUCUGUUCGAUGUUACACUUAAAGUAAUGCUAAUUUGGUGCUGUGCUUUAACUCAAUGUCAAUUUCCAUGAAAAGCUUUAAUAUAUGACCUCAGUGAUGUACGUUUGUGGGAAAAUACUGUUUUUACGUAAGUAAAGUAUUUGAUGUACGUUAAUAUUUUGUAUUGACUGUGUGUAUACAUGUAACAGCACUGACAUACUGGAUCUGUUCCUCAUGUGCAAAUUGGUCGACAGUUGAUGAUUUUUUUUAUGUACAUACAGCAUGUGUGCUAAGCCCUUGUUUUAAUGCUGGGUGCAUUUAUAUUCAUGGUUGUUAAAGCAAGUUUGUUGUUAGUUCCAUUUAGGCGUGUUUAUUUUUAACUUCCUGUACACCCUAGAGCUCUGUUGAUUUCAGUUCUGUUUUGAUCUACUUACAAAGUUUAUUGUUCUGUAUCGUGAUGUGUUGCUGUAUAGAGUUUUUUGAUUUUCAAUGAAUGACGAUUUUGAUUUUAUAUGGAUAUUAUUUGAAUUUGAAUGGAUAACUCCUUUACAUUUCUGAGGACAGCAACACAUAUCAUUUUGUACUUUGUUCUUUAUAUGUCUUUUAAGAUUCAUCUAAUUAAGUAGGUGUACGAUAUAUAAGUAUUUGUUGAUACAUGUAUUGAUUAUUUAUAUUAACUUUUUUUGCUACGGAGUUCCCAUGCAAUAUGAAGAAAACAUAAUGAGCACUUUAGAUUUUUGAUGAGUACAUCUAUUUUUUUAUGUUUUGCUUAAAAGAAGAUAUUCUCUUGAAUUAUAUUUUGGGGGAUUUAAUUAUGAACUCCAAACUGUGAAGUCAGUUUUAUUUGUAUGUGACUUAUUGUAAUUGUCAUGAAAAUCGGAAAAAGAGUAGCUGGUAGUUAAUUUUGGGGUUUCAGUGUUCCUUGUAGAACUGCAUGUCCAUUAAGCAGUGGUCCUGGAUUAUUCAUUGUGGUUAUCUGAGAGUUAUCAUGGGUUUAUUUUCCCUCAUUGUCAUUAUCACUGCUACAUGUUUUAUCACAGUUAAAGAAGCCUAUGUAAAUUGUGAAUCAUCUAUUUAUUUAAUAUUAGCAAAAUGUGAUAUCACUAUAUUUUUUUUUAUUGUGUAUAAACAUUCACAGCCUGCGCCAUUUUUUUUUUGUGAAUGACAUCCUGUGUCUUUGGCAUCAUUGUCAGCUAAGCAGGCGAUGAUGUCAUCAUUGCAUCAUCAAGGGGAAUAAUCUUUACAGAACUGAACAAAGAAAACAAUGUACUGUUCAAUUAUUGAUUUAUUUUAAUUCACUUAAUACAAGGGUUGGGGAAAUAUAUGCCUGUACUCCAUGUAUACUGAAGUAGCCUGUGAUCUGUAAUUUAAGUAAGUGAUCAGUUUAUUAGCCUGCACUUUUCAAUUGCAAGAAUGAGUUCUACAAUGCUAUGUACCUGUGUUUACUUGUACAGGGUGUUGCUUAAAUGCAAGUAUUUUUAAUAAAUAUAUAUAGAAUCUCA